AACCCUCAGAAGCUCUCUGGGAGAGAUGUGAUCCCCUCCUUGGGGCACAAGAAAUCACCCUGGAGGCUGGGAGCAUCCCGAAGGCUGAUGCAAACCUAGGACAUCACAUGCCAAAUGUGCCCUCUUUGGCCUGGGGUCCCCCCCCAGGCUGGAAACUGAGGAGCAGGCGAGGCAGGGCAGGCUGGGCGGCGGAGAGGGCCGGGAGCCGGGGCGCAGAGCGAGCUGCGCGGCGCGCUCUCCCGCGGGCUUGCAGCGCUUGGCUCAGCGCUUGCGCCUCCCUCGGCUCUCUCCUCCGCCCCCCUUCGCCCUCCUUCGCCCUCCCCCUUUCCCUCCCUUUCUCCUCCUCCUCCUGCCGCCGGGGCCGCUGCCAGACCUCGCCAGUUCAGACCCACGGGGCUGCCCUUCCCUGCGCACUCCCCUCGCUGCCCGGGCCCGGAGCGCAGCGCGGCCGCGCAGAUUCACAAUGUUGAAAGCCCUUCUCCUAACCAUGCUGACUCUGGCGCUGGUCAAGUCACAGGACACCGAAGAAACCAUCACGUACACGCAAUGCACUGACGGAUAUGAGUGGGACCCUGUGAGACAGCAGUGCAAAGAUAUUGAUGAAUGUGACAUUGUCCCAGACGCUUGCAAAGGUGGAAUGAAAUGUGUCAACCACUAUGGAGGAUACCUCUGCCUUCCUAAAACAGCCCAGAUUAUUGUCAAUAACGAACAGCCUCAGCAAGAAACACCAGCAGCCGAAGCAAACUCAGGGGCAACCACCGGGGGUGUAGCUGCCAGCAGCAUGGCGACCAGCGGAGUGUUGCCUGGGGGUGGUUUUGUGGCCAGUGCUGCUGCAGUCGCAGGCCCUGAAGUGCAGACAGGCCGAAAUAACUUUGUCAUCCGCCGGAAUCCAGCUGACCUUCAGCGCAUCCCCUCCAACCCUGCCCACCGCAUCCAGUGCGCAGCAGGCUAUGAGCAGAGUGAGCACAACGUGUGCCAAGACAUAGAUGAGUGUGCCGCAGGGACACACAACUGCAGAGCAGACCAAGUGUGCAUCAAUUUACGAGGCUCCUUCGCGUGUCAGUGUCCCCCCGGGUAUCAGAAGCGAGGGGACCAGUGUGUAGACAUAGAUGAAUGUACCAUCCCUCCGUAUUGCCACCAGAGAUGCGUGAACACACCAGGCUCGUUUUAUUGCCAGUGCAGUCCAGGGUUUCAGUUGGCAGCAAACAACUACACCUGCGUAGAUAUAAAUGAAUGUGAUGCCAGCAAUCAAUGUGCUCAGCAAUGCUACAACAUUCUUGGUUCAUUCAUCUGUCAGUGUAAUCAAGGAUACGAGCUAAGCAGUGACAGGCUCAACUGUGAAGACAUUGAUGAAUGCAGAACCUCAAGCUACCUGUGUCAAUAUCAAUGUGUUAAUGAACCUGGGAAAUUCUCAUGUAUGUGCCCCCAGGGAUACCAAGUGGUAAGAAGUAGAACAUGUCAGGAUAUAAAUGAAUGUGAGACCACAAAUGAAUGCCGGGAGGAUGAAAUGUGUUGGAAUUAUCAUGGCGGCUUCCGUUGUUACCCACGAAAUCCUUGUCAAGAGCCCUACAUUCUAACAUCAGAGAACCGGUGUGUUUGCCCAGUCUCAAGUGCCAUGUGCCGAGACCUGCCCCAGUCCAUAGUCUACAAGUACAUGAGCAUCCGAUCUGAUAGGUCUGUGCCAUCAGACAUCUUCCAGAUACAGGCCACAACUAUUUACGCCAACACUAUCAAUACUUUUCGGAUUAAAUCUGGAAACGAAAAUGGAGAGUUCUACCUAAGACAAACAAGUCCUGUAAGUGCAAUGCUUGUGCUUGUGAAGUCACUGUCAGGACCGAGAGAAUAUAUCGUGGACCUGGAGAUGCUGACAGUCAACAGUAUAGGGACCUUCCGCACAAGCUCCGUGCUGAGAUUAACAAUAAUAGUGGGGCCAUUUUCAUUUUAGUCUUUUAUAAGAGUCUACCACAGGCAUUUAAGUCAGCCAAAGAAUAUUGUUACCUUAAAGCACUAUUUUAUUUAUAGAUAUAUCUAGUACAUCUACAUCUCUAUACUGUACACUCACCCAUAAUUCAAACAAUUACACCAUGGUAUAAAGUGGGCAUUUAAUCUGUAAAGAUGCAAAGUUUGUCUUUAUUAUUGUAUGUAAAUUAGACAUUAAUCCACUAAACUGGUCUUCUUCAAGAGAGCUAAGCAUACACUAUCCGGUGAAACUUGGAUUCUUUCCUAUAAAAGUGGGACCAAGCAAGGAUGAUAUUCUGUGGUGCUUGAAGAAACUUAUCACAGCUCCACUGACAACCUUAUAAGGAGGCAGCCAUCAUAACAUUGAAUAGCAUGCAAGGGCAAGAAUGAGUUUUUUAACUGCUUUGUAAGAAAAUGGGAAAAGUCAAUAAAAAUAUAUUUCUUUAGAAAAUGAGGAUCUACCAU